CUUCAAGAGAAAAUAGAGCCCGGCUGACUGUUCUGCUACUCGCUAGUCCAGCAAAUUACGGAGCCAAAUUUGCAAUCCCUAUCCAAGAACCAUGGAAAGCACUUCAGAAGAGGGAACAAAGGCUCCAGAACCCCGCAAAUGGGCAGUGACAAGGCAGCUUGUGCUGGUGACACUGGUUACUUCCUUCGGAUCGUCUCUCCAGUAUGGUUACAACCUCUGGGUGGCUAACCACCCUGCUACGCUCAUCCAAGACUUUUACAACAGCACCUUUCAAAAGAAGAAGAUCUCCAUUGAAGCGAGCUUUCUCAGCCUCCUCUACAGUAUAACCAAUGCAACCUUCUCGCUCGGAGGCCUAAUGGGGUCUCUGUUGGUCCGUCCCAUGGCGGAUAGAUUCGGCAGGAAAGGUGCCUUGGUACUGAAUAACAUUUUUUCCAUCUUCUCAUCUCUCAUCCUGGGUUGUUCUGCCGUGGUCCGUGCCUAUGAAUACACCAUAUUUUCACGCUUGCUCAUCGGAGUAACCUCAGGCAUAUUCUGUUCUGCUGUCCCGUUGUACCUCGGAGAGGUGGCCCCCCAAAAUCUGAGGGGAUCCGUUAUUAUGGUGUCUCUUGUCUUUAUCACCAUUGGUAUCAUGAUCGCACAGAUCCUUAGUCUCCAAAAAUUCUUGGGGACUGCAAAAGACUGGCCCAUACUACUGAGCCUCAAUGGAUUCCUGGCGGUGUUUCAAGCUAUCAUAUUGCCCACCUUCCCCGAAAGUCCAAGGUAUCUACUGAUUCAGAAGAAGGACGAGGAGAAAACCAGGCAAGUCUUGAAGAAGCUGAGAUGCCAGGACGAUGUAGAGAGUGAGGUGGAAGAACUCUGUCAGGAGGACAUCUCGGAAAGCGUGGAAAAGGAUAUGACCGGGCUCAAGCUCCUGUGCUACCGAGGUCUGCGUUGGCAAGUCAUCUCCGUUGCCAUCUUGAUGGGUGGCCAGCAGCUGACGGGCAUCAACGCGGUGAAGUAUUAUGCAGAUAAAAUCUACAUCACGAUGCCUCAAAAGAAGCAGGGACCUCGUUAUUUCAAUAUCUUCUCAGUGGCUUUUGCAUAUACAGUAGAUUCUGUGGGGCGAAGGAUUCUCAUUCUCACUGGAUUUGGCAUCUGCAGUAUCGCUUGUAUUUUGUUAGCCAUGACCAUUGAACUUCAGCCCGGCAUGCCAUGGAUGUCGUACGUCACCACAGCUUUCUUCUUCCUCUUCCUCUUUGGACACACCCUUGGGCCAGCGUCGAUUCCCUAUGUGUUGAUGCUGGAACUAUUCCUUCAGUCAUCCCGGUCCACUGCCUUCGCCAUCGGGGGAUUUAUGCACUGGCUUCUGCAGUUCCUUGUAAGGCUCUUUUUCCUUCAGAUAGAGAUCCGGAUUGGCUCUUACGCCUUUUUCCUGUUCUGUCCUAUCUGCAUAGCUGUAUUUAUUUAUAUCUUCAAGAUUGUCCCAGAAACCAAGAACAAGACCUUUGUGGACAUCAAGAGGUUAAUGUCUGCCAAUAUGGCCAAGAAGAUCCAGGUGCAAGGGGCAAAUCCCGAACACAGUAAGACUAGGAGACGGGCAACACAUCACAGUGUUAAAUCAACGCGCAGGGCUACAAUGCCCUCUUAAUAUUGGCGUAUAGCUUUUGUUGGCACGUGAAUUGCAGCAGUUUCUCUUCUUGUCAAAGACAUCGCCUGUACCUGUCUCCACCCUCUCUCUCUCUUUUUCUGUUCUUACCAUUAAUUCUUUUUUCAAUUAUUAGUACUAAAUUAUAACAUGCACAUGCAAUUGUAGAGUUGUUUGUUUAUUUUUCAUUUAUUUUUUAAACAUUACAAAAGAAAACAAAGAAAAGAUAAUAAUUUGCAGAUCAAAUACGUUCAUUCAGUACUUACCGUAUAUUCCAUAUCUAUUUUCCUUCUGUUACAAGGAUUACGAAUGACUAACUUAAAGAACUACAUAGAGGUAUAUUAUACAAGAAAUCGUAGGAUACACCACAUCAAAAACUUGGGGGUUAUUUUUAGAUAGGAAGGUGCUGGAUAUUUUUACUUAAGCUUUACUGGUGGGCUUUGUGCUCAUUUACAUUUUGAUGUAUAGUAUACUAAAUUAACGCUUUUUUUAAUGUUGUAGGAAUAUUGCACUUUUUAUUAUGUACCAUUACUCUGCUGCUGCAUUUAGAUUGUCUGCUCUUCAUGUGAACCACUUUGAGCACAGAUUUAUUUGUGGAAAAUGUGGUAUACAAAUAAAUUGAUUAUGGGCAUGAUCCAUAAAUCUUUUACUUCCAAACGCUAAUAAACAGAGCCUACCUUUCUACAAA